AUGGAGAUGGUCACUGAAGCUCUCCAGUUUUGGUAUGAACGUCAAGAACAACACAAAGUCGCCUUUCGAUUUAAAUCCUUUCUUGAGGGGAAAAUGCUGCUGGAAGCACCUCCACGAAGGAAAAUCAAAGUUCACGUUCCUAAACCUCAUGUUCAUAGUGUUGGGAAGGGCAAGAAGCCCGGCAGAAGCAAGGGUCAAAGGAGAGGCCGGGCAGCAACCGAGUCACCGUCAGAUGAGGAAGCCAGGCCAAAGAGAAAGGAAGGGGUGGAAGAUCGGCAGUUCGAUGACAACAGUUGGAAGGAUUUGGAUGUGGACAAGCCGGCCAAGAAACGAACCGAACAGUUUUCUAAUCGUGAGGAUGGCUCCGAUGAUAGUGACUCAGACUCCGAUAAUGGUCAAGAGAGGCCAAAGCAGGAUACUCUGACCGAGCCCACAGUGAAACCUAGCAGGGUCAACCCGACCUUGGAAGAGGAUAGAGACUCGGGAUCAGAUUUGGGCUCAGACGAUGCUACGAUCACUGUAGAUACCAGCCCCGAGCUUCAGCCUCGGUACAACGACACCCGGGCUCUAUCCCAUGAAGUACCAUCGGACACCGAGGUCUUGGCUGAUGAUACAUUUUGGGAAGCUGACCUGGGCUGUGGGGUGGAGUCGGCCGAUCGAGCGAAGAAGAGAAAAUUCACUGAUGAGGAGGAUACACCCUGCAAGUUUCCUCGGUUAGAGAAGGGUUACAAACUUGGCCCGAGGAGUGCCCGACCAGGCAAAGUCAAAUGCCGUGCUGCCUCGGCUGUUAUCCAAGCCACUGUCAAACCAGCUCAAGCAACCAAUCUGAGGUCGGACACAACCAAAGCUUCGAAUAGCUUUGAUUUCACAAAGUCAAGUGGUGUCAACGCAAAACGACCAGUCCCUUCAAAACAAAAGGAGUCAGAGGCCGGUCCCAGUCAGCAACCAUCUAUUGAUGUCCCCACCAAGCCAAAACCAAAACCUCGUCCUAUCAUUAAAGGCAAGGUUUCUACAGGGGAACUCGGUAUAGUAACCCGAGAACGGUCGAAAAAGAUUGCUGAAGAAAGUGUUCGUUCCACCCGGUCCAAGAAAGUUUCAUUCGUCAGUUAA